GUUGGCAAGAAAACUUGGACUAAAAAGGGGUGCUAACAGGAUUAUCGGAUUUCACAGUUUUAUUGAAUGAAAAUAAGUUUCAUAAAGUGGUUAAAUAAUGAGUAGUUCACCAUCCGUUGAACAGCUAAAGUUGGAGGAAACUCCCAACAGCGAAAGUGUAAAUUCUCCCGCUGCAGUGGUAGAGGAUGUGGUAGAUCCAUGGACUGUUACAAGCACGUCGGACGCCGGAAUCGACUAUGAUAAGUUGAUAAAGCGUUUCGGAUGCUCACAUAUCGAUGCGGCGCUGGUCGAACGGUUGGAAAAGGUCGCCGGAAAACCGGUUCAUCAUUUGAUUCGCCGAGGAAUAUUCUUCUCCCACCGUGACCUUCACACGCUGCUAAAUGCUGUCGAGACAGGCAAGAAGUUUUACCUUUAUACCGGGCGAGGGCCAUCAUCGGAUUCCAUGCAUCUCGGACAUUUGGUGCCAUUCAUUGUGACGAAGUGGCUCCAGGAAGCAUUCGAUGUUCCGUUGGUGAUUCAACUGACUGAUGACGAAAAAACGCUGUGGAAAGAUCUCACGGUUGAGCAAUCGAUGCGAAUGGCGAGGGAAAAUGCGAAGGACAUCAUCGCGAUCGGUUUCGAUCCUAACAAAACGUUCAUUUUCUCCAACCUGGAUUUUAUGGGCAGAUGUCCACAGUUUUAUCAAAAUAUCAUCCGCAUCCAGAAGUGUGUCACCUUCAAUCAGGUGAAGGGAAUCUUCGGUUUCGGCGACUCAGAUGUGAUUGGUAAGAUAGGAUUUCCAGCUGCACAGGCAGCGCCAGCUUUUUCGACCACGUUCCCCUUCAUCUUUGGAACGGACAAGCUACCGGUGCUUAUUCCCUGCGCCAUCGAUCAAGAUCCCUACUUCCGGAUGACCCGGGACGUAUCGCCGAGGUUGGGCUUUCCGAAGCCGGCCCUGAUUCAUUCGAGCUUCUUCCCUGCGCUGCAGGGAGCCCGCACGAAAAUGUCCGCCAGUGAUACUAACUCUGCCGUGUUCCUGACCGACACUCCGAAGCAGAUCAAAACGAAAAUCAACAAGCAUGCCUUCUCUGGUGGGCGUCCAACGCUCGAGGAGCAUCGGGAAUUCGGUGGAAACACCGACAUCGACGUAAGCUUUCAGUUGUUACGCUUUUUCCUCGAAGACGACGCUGAGCUGGAACGAAUUCGGGUGGCUUACGGCAAGGGCGAGCUACUCAGUGGGGAAAUGAAAAAGAUCGCAAUCGACACGCUGCAACCAAUCGUGACCGAACACCAGAACCGUCGGAAGGAUGUCACGGAUGAGGUGCUGGAUAUGUUCCUAACGCCGAGAAAACUGAACUACGAGUUCAAGGUUACCACGGACAUCUCUAAUGGCCCUGGCGGAGAGGGAAAGAAGAAGGGCAAAGACAAGAAAUCAUCUAAACAGAAUUAGAAUCCUUCGGAAGAGAGAAUCGCGUCUAACGGCAAGCAAUUAUCGGUACUUUUCGGCAUCAGUGCUUCGUUUUGAAAGAAUAACCAUUAUGAUACUUUACAUGCUGCGUUGCAGGUGUACAACCGACGGACAUUUAUUUAUUUAAUUUAUUGCCGCAACAUUGCUUCGCUAAUAUCACCCUACGGAAGAAUGGGGGCAUGAAAAUAAAAGUUUCAUCAAACACAA